AGUUUAUUGACCUAUUCAUAUAUAUAAAUCCUGUUUUUAAUAGCAUAGCAUCAAGAGCACUGUCUUACAUACGUAUGUAAGUUUGUGAGCAAGAAUACCGCUUAAAAAUACAGACCUACUUACAAGUAAUAUUUUUGUAGUUUUUCUAUGUUUGAAAAUACCACAUCACAGUUUUUCUAUGCUGUCAACAGUCAUCACUAAAUAAAUGUCAAUUUUUAACUUGAAAAUUUAGAACCAAUACAUAUGUGUCCAAGAAAAAAAUAGAUUAAGUUAAAUUUAACAAAAAAUAUGAGUGUAAGACCAAAAUUGGACGAUUUGGUUCAAUCUGUUUCUUUAUACACUCGAAUACCGCCUUUGCUUCACUUGUACGUGUUGCCUUUUAUAUUGAUUUAUUCAGCAUGGUUAUACUUAUGGUUGGGAAUUUAUGGUUUUAAUGAACAUUAUGAAGGCGGAUUUGUUGGUAUGGCCGUUAUUGGAUGUCUUCAGGUCCUUUCAUGUUUAGCAUGUUAUUGGUCUGUCCAUAUAAAUUGUUUUUUCAGCUGUAAAAAGGAAAAUAACCCAAAUAAAGCUACUUUGGCCAAAGUUGUUCCAACACCAAAUAAUGGAAGCUGUGAACUUGUUUGGUUGCAACAUACCAAGAAUGUUACAGGUGUAUCCAUAUGGUUUAUUUUUCAAAAAACAAAAUAUAUUUGGGAUUCGGAUAAAAAAACUUUCAAAGGCUUAGAAUUUCCUGUACACAAGAGUUUCUCUGAAUACAUUUCAUCAAAAGGUUUACAAGAGGAUGCAGACAUACUUGAUGCAGAGCAACAGUAUGGAAAAAAUAUUUUAGAUAUGGUUGUUCCUGAAUUUAUGGAACUUUUUAUUGAAAGAGCUACUGCACCUUUCUUUGUGUUUCAAGUUUUCUGCGUGGGUCUUUGGUGCUUGGACGAUUUUUGGUAUUAUUCUCUGUUUACUUUAGUAAUGCUGGUUCUAUUUGAAUGCACUUUGGUACAACAACAAUUACGUAAUAUGGACGAAAUUCGAAAAAUGGGUAACAAACCUUACAAUAUUUUAGUGUAUAGAAGCAGAAAAUGGAGGAUGUUGGCGACAACGGAUCUGAUACCAGGAGAUAUUAUUUCUAUAAUCAGAUCACAGAAGGAUAAUUUGAUACCAUGUGACGUGUUAUUAUUAAGAGGAUCUUGUAUUGUAGACGAAAGUAUGUUGACUGGUGAAUCGGUUCCUCAAAUGAAAGAAGCUAUAGAAAAUUUUGACAUGAACACUAUACUUGAUCCUGAAGGAGAUGGUAAAUUGCAUGUAUUAUUUGGAGGUACGAAAGUAGUUCAACAUACUCCUCCAACUAAAUCGGCUUCUGGUUUAAGACCUCAAGAUAAUGGUUGUGUAGCUUAUGUGUUACGUACUGGAUUUAAUACGUCACAAGGGAAAUUAUUGAGAACAAUCCUUUUUGGAGUAAAACGUGUCACAGCCAACAAUAAAGAAACAUUUGGUUUUAUACUCUUCCUUUUAAUAUUUGCAAUUGCGGCAGCUUGGUAUGUUUGGAUAAAAGGCAUUGAAGACCCGAAAAGAAAUAGAUAUAAAUUGUUUUUAGAAUGUACUCUCAUUUUGACAUCUGUAAUUCCUCCGGAGUUGCCGAUUGAAUUAUCGUUAGCUGUCAACACUUCAUUGUUAGCUCUUUCUAAAUUAGGUAUUUUCUGUACGGAACCUUUCCGUAUCCCAUUCGGUGGCAAAGUAGAUAUCUGUUGUUUUGAUAAAACGGGCACGUUGACAAGUGAUAAUCUGAUAGUAGAGGGCGUAGCACUAGCUGAAAAAGAUUCGACUCCAACAGCAGUUACAGAUUUGCCUGCACAAACAAUCCAAGUAUUAGCAACAUGUCAUUCUUUAGCACAAUUGGAUGACGGUUUGGUGGGAGAUCCUCUAGAAAAGGCUACAUUGACUGCCAUAGAUUGGAAUGUUACAAAAGCUGAUGCUGUUGUGCCAAAGAAAGGAAAACUGCCAGGAAUGAAAAUAUUUCAUAGAUUUCACUUUUCAUCAGCAUUGAAAAGAAUGUCCGUUAUUGCCGGAUAUAGUACGCCAGGAUCAACAGAUACUGUGUACAUUGCAGCUGUUAAGGGUGCACCAGAAAUACUUAAACCAAUGUUUUCUGAAACCCCAAAACUUUAUGAUGAAGUUUAUUUGGAACUAUCUAGACGAGGAGCUAGAGUUUUGGCUUUAGGAUUUAGAGAAAUUGGCAAACUCUCUACUCAAGAACUACGUGAUACAACCAGGGAGACUGUAGAACAAGAUUUGAAAUUCGUCGGAUUCGUCAUAAUCUCUUGUCCUCUUAAAACGGACUCAAAAGCUGUGAUUAAAGAGUUGCAAUUUGCAUCGCACAAAUCAGUCAUGAUCACUGGAGAUAACCCUUUAACGGCUUGCCACGUUGCAAAGGAAUUGAAGUUUACAACGAAAACUACUUUGAUUUUAUCACAAAGUGAUGAUAGUUUCAUCUGGAGGAGCAUCGAUGAAUCUAAAGAGUUACCCUUGGAAUAUGAUUACAAGAACCUUAUAAAGGAAUAUGAUCUCUGCAUUACUGGAGAUGGUUUAAAUUACUUGAGAAGUUACUACAACGAUUUCCUUAGACUCAUUAUGCCUCACAUUACUGUAUAUGCAAGAUUUGCUCCGAAACAGAAGGAAUUUGUAAUAGUUCAAUUGAAAAAUUUGGGAUAUGUUACUUUGAUGUGCGGGGACGGAACAAAUGAUGUUGGUGCCUUGAAGCAUGCUGAAGUCGGUGUAGCUAUUUUGGCCAAUGCUCCCGAACGACUGCCUGAUAUUAAAGUGCAAAAAGAGAAGUUAGAAAAGGAAAGAGAAAAGAAACAGAAGGAGGUAAAAGAAAUGUUAGCAAAUCAAAGACCAAACCACAUAAGAAAUAUGAUAAAUCAACGUGAGAGAAUGCAAGCAAAGGUUGAUAAAAUGAUGAAGGAAAUAGAGAAUCAAGACCAAGCCCAAGUUGUGAAAUUGGGAGAUGCCAGCAUCGCUUCACCGUUUACUAGCAAAUUAUCAUCUAUAAUGUGUAUUUGCCAUAUUAUAAAACAGGGAAGAUGUACCUUAGUAACAACUUUACAAAUGUUCAAGAUUUUGGCGUUAAAUGCACUAAUUUUGGCUUACACACAAUCAGUAUUAUAUUUAGAUGGAAUAAAAUUGAGAGACGGUCAAGCCACCCUUCAGGGACUCCUCUUGGCAGCUUGCUUUUUGUUUAUAUCCAGGUCAAAGCCUUUGAAGGUGUUGUCGAAACAGAGACCAUUACCUAAUAUUUUCAACUUGUACACUGUAUUGACUGUGAUUACUCAAUUUGCCGUACACUUUUUAUGCUUAGUGUAUCUAGUUCAGGAAGCAAAGAUAAGAGCGCCCCAAGAUCCUUUAAAACCAGAGGAGUUGGAAGGAUUAACUGAUGAAGAGAAAGAAAAAUUAUUUGAGCCAAAUAUUGUAAAUAGUACUGUGUACAUUAUUUCCAUGGCGUUGCAAAUAGCUACUUUUGCCAUAAAUUACAGGGGAACUCCUUACAUGGAGAGUUUGAAAGACAAUAAGCCUCUACUUUACAGUAUUUUGGCUACUGAAGGUGUUGUUUUAUUGUUGACUCUUGGUUUAGUUCCUGAAUUAUCAGCAUCAUUCGAGAUAAUAGAUUUUCCACCAGACUUUCGGAUUCUUCUGAUUCAAGUUUUAUUUGCUGAUUUCUUCUGCUCAUUUUUGUUUGACAGAAUAUGUCUUUGGGUUUGUGGUGAAGGUAGCAUGAAAAUAUCAUAGGGAAUUAUCACAAAAAAAUUAGGAAAUGUUAUAAACAUAGCGAUUAUUAUUAUAAGUCAUUCCAACUGAAACAACUUGUAAGAUCAAAUGUGAUUUGUGAUUUGAAAAAUUAAUAAAUAUUUUUUACUGUU